GAGAGAGCCCAAACAAAGGUUCCGCUUUUAUUUUCUUUAACAUUUUUUUCUUUGUGGUUUUAAUUCAGUUCAAAUUGUUUUUGCUUGAAUUGUUGGGUGGUAGAUGAGGAUGAAUGAGACAAAGAGAGAGGAAAUGGAUCAGAAGGAUCAUCAGAAAGCCGAAAAGAUUGAUUUGAGCGGAUUAUAUCUCGAUUCUCUCCCUAAUUCUUCCCUUAAUCUUGCUGCCAUUACAAAGCUCGAUCUCUCCAAUAACAAUCUUGAGCUGAUCCCAGAGUCACUGACAGCUCGGCUGCUGAAUGUGGUGGUGCUCGAUGUGCACUCGAACCAACUAAGGGUGCUACCAAACUCAAUAGGGUGUCUGUCAAAGCUGAAGGUCCUCAAUAUAUCUGGAAACCUUAUUGAGUCCCUCCCUAAGACCAUUGAAGAUUGCAGCCAUCGUGCGGUGGUUUUGAAUUGGGGCUUGCACUCGUGUUUCUCUGCGAGCCCUCGUACUGGCUCCGUCGGCGAUCAGUUGGUUUUGAGGCUGGAAGAGGUUCAGCCAUCGAAGGGCCGAAGUGAAACAAGCAGGGCUGCUGGUGCUUUGUUGAUCAUGGUGUCUGUGGCUGCAGUUAGGGCAAUCCUUAUCUUCCGCCCACCCCAAUUGGAUAAUGAUUCGUAUGAGAGCGAGAGGAACUGUUUGUUGUGCUCGAGUGACAUUCAACGAUUGCAUCAUGGACUCAGCAUUCACCUGCCACUUGGUGGCUUGAUUCCGGCAUUUAGAAAUAUGUGGGCGGAAUUUGAGUGGGAAAACAAGUCUGGGAAAGAUGGAGAGGCAUGUUGGCACAAGUCAGCUUUGAAAUUACCAAUUCUUGAGAAUCGGGCGAAUCGGUGUGAAAACUUCCACCUGGAAUCUAGCCAAGCUAGAUGGUACUGCGCUCUUACUGGGGCCACAAACAGUUACUUGAACAAUAAGGGAAACACUGAGAAAGAGCUCGACGCUCGCCUCAACUGCAUCCGCUCCCUCCCUGAAGACCUCGAGAACCUCAUCCGCCUCGAGGUCCUCAACAUCAGCCAAAACUUCCACUACCUUGAAUCUCUCCCUUACUCCAUCGGCCUCCUCAUCUCCCUUACCGAGCUUGACAUUAGCUACAACAAAAUCACCCACUUACCAAACUCUGUUGGAUGUUUGACGAAGCUUCAUAAGUUUCAAGCAGAAGGAAACCCGCUGGUGUUCCCGCCGAUGGAGGUUGUAGAGCAGAGCGUCCAUGCAGUGAGAGAGUAUCUGAGCGCGAGGAUGAACGGGCUGGAGACUGAGAUGAGCCCGAAUAGUAAGAAGAAGUCGUGGUUCAAGAAAUUGGUGAAGUUUCGGACGUUCAACUCUAGCACGGUUCCUAGCCGAGGGAUUAUUGAUGAGAAUGAUGGAUUCUUGCUUUCGGAUUAUCGGUCCAUCGACGGGCUCACGUCGCCAAGGUACGCAGGGAUGUUUUCGCCGAGAAGGAUAUUUUGUCCGAAGAGAACUCCGUUCAGAAGGUAAUCAAGUUUGAGAGAUGUCUGUUUCUUUUUUCACCCCCGCUUAGUAUUCGACGCGGGGCUGUAAAUUGUUAGACGAUAUUGUUGGUGCAAAAAAUAUUUAAUAGAAUAAGAAAAAUGUUGAGACUGUAAACCGUGUAAACAGGAAUCAGACUCUGGCAAAGUGUGGAGUUGUGCUGAUCAGAUUUGGAUUGUUUUAUUGUCUGCAGCGGAUAAUUCAGGGAUUUCAGUAAAAUUUUGAGUUGAUACUUGAUAUCGUCGUUCUGUGUUUUGAAGCUUAUAUGGUUUUGUAAAGUUGAGUCUUGUCAUGUUUUGAGAAAUCCAAUUGUAGGCUCUGGACA